AUGCUGGACAGGAAUGGAAUCCUGAGCACAAAAAUAGUACCCUCUCUAGAGCCACCGCUCUUCCAAUCAUGGGUCAUGGAUGAUUCUCCACUUGGACCUUCUGCGCCAGAUGAACUCUCGCAGGGCACCUUCGCACGCCUGGUAGCGGACCACUCGGGCACGGCGGGCGGCCUUCACAGGUCCCCAGGUCAGGGGAGAUCACCUGUCAACACCAGGUCCCCAGGACAAAUGAGAUCCCCAGGUCAGGGAGUUUCUCCUAGUCUCAACCGGUCUCCGGCCUCACCUAGUGGGUUGGCUGGGAUGCGUAGCAAAGCAACUCUUUAUACUCAACAAAAAUCACAGCAGGCAAGUGUAAGGUCCCCCAUCACGAGUGGAGGCUGCACGACGCCGAGCGGGCGCUCCCCGGUCGCCGAAGGCCACUCGCUCACGCCUUCCCCGUUGGCCAACAUCGUGCCCAAGCUCCCGGUCGUCGUCAGCGGCAGCUCGCCCACGGGAGGCAGCUGCAGCACCAGCAGCAGUCUUGCUUCCCAGUCCUCCGUCACUAUGCGCAUAACGACCGCGCCCGGAGUGGUUCCCCCGCUGACCUGUGAUAUCUGCAAUAAAACGUUUACUUCACGAUCGAAUUUGAACAAACAUAAGCGCGUACAGCAUUCGGGCGAGGAGUAUGUGUGUCCCAUAUGCCGACGCACCUUCAGGAACAGAUACUACAUCAAAGAGCACGUGUUGCUGUGUUCGACGGCCACUCAAAAGAAGGCGGCUGCGGCUGCUGCUUCGGUGGUCAUCGGGGUCCCAGUGUCAGGAGCUGCCGUGGGGAUGGGCCUGGAUGAGGACGACCCCCUGGAAGCCAAGGUCGAGGAAGAGGAAUUCGACGGCCUGGACGACGACCAGCCCACCGACCUUGUGCUGCGUCGCCCCGCCUCCCCGACGUAGGGCCUUGAUAGGGGUCGGCAACUAUCAUGGAAAGGACUGCCUUUUCGUGGACUGUGAGAUGAGAUACAUCAUGAGUGAGGGCGACACACAGUACUUUUUUUCUUUAUUUUACAGAGGAAGUUGAUAGUAUAAAGAAGACACAAAUCUUGUGUACAAAAAACUUGAAAGUUUAAGUU